CUGUAUGUGUGUUCUUUACGCUCUCUUUUCUCUUUUUCCCUCAUGGACUUUACACCAAACCACCAUGGGAGUAGGCUGGUUGUCGCCGUCCUGUCAAAGGAUUUUGAAAGUUCCUGAAGCGUGAGGAGAGGGGAAAAAAAAAACAGAUAUUCUUGGAAGAGUCACCUAACUGGGCCUCAGGUCUGUGGAUGUUCAUGGAGGUACUAAAGAUGGCAGCUUCAGGAACAACGCUCCUUACUUUGGCCACAGUCCUCCUGCAUGUGGCAAGGUGUCAAGGGACUAUGGUUAAAGGAAAAGACAGCUCUCCGCUCAGGUUUACACACCAUCUCUACAAUGCCACUAUCAACGAGAACUCUGCGCCUCGGAUGUACGUUGAGACGCCUGUGAAGAUGGGCAUUGAAGUGACAGAUCCGCUCUGGGACAUCAAAUAUAAUGUCGUCUCAGGAGACGAGGACGGCUUUUUCCAAGCAGAGGAAGUCAGAGUUGGGGAUUUCUGUUUUCUUAGAAUUAAAACACGCAGCAGUAACUCAGCUCUCCUCAACAGGGAGGUCAGAGACACUUACACCCUCACUGUGGAGGCGACAGAAAGCACUUUUGACUUCCAGACGAAGACGAAGGUGUUUGUCCAGGUGCUUGACACCAACGACUUGAAGCCCCUUUUCUACCCUGCCUCAUACAACGUGGCCAUCAGGGAGGACACUCCACUUAAGUCGAGUGUGGCCAGAGUUAGCGCUACAGAUGCCGACAUUGGGAGCAACGCUGAGUUUUAUUACUCUUUCACCAGCAGAGCUCAUCCUUUUGUCGUCGACCCCUUUACGGGCACAGUCAGCCUUGUCAGAAAGCUCAAUCACACUCGAACGGAGAGAUAUGACCUUACCGUUUUAGCAGAGGACAGGACAAAAAAGAUAUCUGGUGUUCAGAAAUUUGGUAACGUCGCCCGGGUCACAGUAAACAUACAAAAGAUGCCCAUGGGGUCACCAAUUAUCACACCACUCCCAAAACCCACAGUCUCUACAGAUGGCAAAGUAACUAUCAGUGUUCACGUGGAAGCAGGCGUUAAGCCCGUGGAAUCCCUUUAUAUUGCUGGAGGGGAUCCCCACAAGUGUUUUGAGAUAAUCCCCUUAGGUGUGCAGGGCAGUGACUUCCAAGUGAUCUCCACAAAGAGGAUUAUCUGGUCUCAAACUCCUUUUGGGCUGAAUCUGUCCCUUCAAGCUAAAGACAGGAGCUCGCCAAGUCUACUCUCUCCUGUUACACAAGUUCACAUUCCGGCCCAUCAUUACAGCCCUUUAGCGUUUCUGGAGGACACCUACAUCGUCACGUUGAGUGAGUUUUCUCCCCCGAAAACUUACGUAGUUAAAGUUUCUGUUGCAUCGGUUCCAUAUAAUGUUACAUUUAGCAUCAAAAACAACCCAGACAGUGAGAAUUUCAGGAUAAAUCCCAAAACUGGGAUUAUCAUAACUACAGAGAAAUUUGACUAUGAGAGAAAAGACCGAUAUGAAUUUGACGUACUGGCUAAUUACGGUGAAGCUGAGACUCACAUUGUGGUUGAGAUAACAGAUGAAAAUGACAACAGCCCACAGUUCACACAAACAUCCUAUCAGGCCACACUGGAUGAAAACACACCUGUUGGCAGCAGUGUUUUGAAAGUAGCCGCUUCAGACAGAGAUAAAGGCAAAAACAGCUUUGUGACCUAUGCUAUUGCAAAUUCAGGACCUGUUCCUUUUACGAUAGAUCCAUUCACAGGUGUCAUCUCAACCUCUGAACACUUGGACUAUGAGCUGAUGAAACGGCGGUACCACCUGCGAGUCUGGGCCUCGGACAGUGGCAGCCCCUUCAGUCAGGUCAGCGAAUGCCCCGUGACGAUUACCCUGAACAACAUCAACGACAACAUCCCUCUGUUUGAGAGGGUGGGCUGCAACGUCACCGUGCCUCCAGAUGUACCCAAGGGACACACAGUUGCUGAGCUGUCAGCUAUUGAUUUAGAUGAGCUGCAGCAGCUGAGGUAUGUCAUCGAGUCGGGGAAUGAGCUCCAAGUGUUUGGUAUUGAUGCAGUUUCGGGGGCUGUCACUGUCAAACAACCAAUUCCCCAGGGCACCGGGUCAUUCACUUUGAGAGUUGUAGCCACAGAUGGCAAGCAUCACUCUGAAGCUUCAGUCGUCAGGAUAACUGUCACCAACAAAGGUGAUGAUGCAACACUCCGCUGCCUGGAAACGGGCAUAUUCAAACAGCUGACUGACAAACUGAUAGAGUCGAUCAAGCCCAUUUUAAUCAAUCAGGAGGAAGACACAUUCUCAGAUAUCCACAUCACCAACCGACACUCUCCCAAAUUUGACACGAGCAUUCCCAGUUCAAUCGACCUCGCCGAAGAUCACCCCUUAAAUUCCUCCAUUGUUCAGUUCAAGGCAACGGACAAUGACUCAGGCUUUAAUAGUAAGCUUGUGUAUGCCAUAUCAAGCGGGAAUGAGGACGGCUGUUUCUCCAUUGACACUUUCUCCGGGGAUCUUCAGUUGGUUUGCCAUCUGGACAGAGAGAGUAAAGAGUUCUACAUUUUGAACAUCACUGUCUAUGACUUAGGAAUGCCGCAAACAUCUGCGUGGAAAUUUAUUGCUGUCAAUGUCCUGGACGUCAAUGAUAAUCCUCCUGUUUUCGAUCAGCCCAGGUAUGUGAUACGAGUGCCUGAAAACACAGAAGUGGAUUCAGUUAUUUUCACAGCUCGUGCAGUAGACUUGGACAUGGAUGCAAGCGGUACCGUCCAAUACUCCUUGCUGACGCCUACGGACAUGUUCAGUAUUAAUGAACAGACGGGAGAGGUGAUGGUGACGGGGCAACUUGAUCGAGAAGGUUUACCCAGGCACGACCUCCGGAUCAAAGCAAGGGACCAGGCCAGACACGGCCCUCAGUUGUUCUCCACUAUUGACCUAGUGGUGGUUUUGCAGGACAUAAAUGACAACCCACCCAAAUUUGUACCAAAAGUAUACAAAAUAAGGGUUCCAGAAGAUGUUCCUGUGGGUACCCUGCUCACCUGGGUGGAGAGCGUCGACUUAGAUCUGGGCAGCGGGGGCCUCGUCACCUACAACCUCAAGAACACAGAGAGCGGGAUCUUUCACCUCGACUCCUCUACGGGGGCCUUGACCCUCGAGAGGGAGCUGGACUUUGAGAGGCGGGCGUCUUACAACCUCACAGUCCGAGCCGUUGACCACGGCCUCCCUCGCUCCCUCUCGUCUUCCUGCUUUGUGGAGAUCGAGGUUCGGGAUGUCAACGAAAACCUCCACCGGCCAGUGUUCACGGAGUUUGUUUACGAUGCCGCCGUGAUGGAGGAUGCAGCAGUGGGGACAUCUGUGGUAGCACUUACAGCUUCUGACAAGGACCUAGGAAGAGAUGGAAUCGUCAGGUACCACAUCCAUGAUGGCUCAGGCCUAGGAGUGUUCACUAUUGAUGAAGAAACAGGUGUGAUUCGUACAACAGAGAUGCUGGACCGUGAGAUGGUGCCUCACUACUGGCUCUCUGUCUACGCCACCGAUCUGGGGACCGAGCCUCUGAUCUCCUGGACUCACGUCUUCCUGGAGGUCCUGGACGUUAAUGACAAUGCUCCUGAACUUUCCCAGCCGGUGUAUUUUGCAUCUGUCCAGGAGAACGUGGACAAGGUCAACUCUGUCAUCCAGGUGUCGGCCACAGACGUGGACACGUCCUCGGAGGGGAAACUUUCCUUUGAGAUGCUAGAAUCACAUCGAAUGUACUUCGAUGUAGAUCCCAAGACAGGUGUUAUCAGCACUCUGUCUGCUCUGGAUCGGGAGGAUAAACAGGAGCACAGCAUCGAGGUCAUCGUGUCGGAUAACGGAUCUCCGUCUUUGCGCUCCACCGCCACCGUCGUGAUCCGAGUUCUGGAUGCCAACGACAACCGGCCGAAGUUCACAGACAAACUGUUUCACGUCAAGCUGCCACAACAGCGGCUCCACGCCGGCAAACAGGAAGUCUGCCGGAUGGUCGCACGUGACGACGACGAGGGCGAGAACGCUGUGGUGACCUACAAGCUCCAAGACGGCAGGGAUGAGCGAUUUGAGAUCGACCCAGUCACGGGCGUGGUGACGUCUCAUGGUGAUUUCUGGCCUGGAAACUACAGUAUUCUCACGAUUAAAGCUACAGACCAGGGCAGUCCGUCUCGUUCCUCCACGGCUCGACUCGACAUUGAGUGGAUCGCCCACCCGGCGCCCUUCGCCGAACCAAUCACGUUCGAGGAGCCCAGCUUUACCUUCGCUGUCAUGGAAACGGAGCCCGUCACUCACAUGGUGGGCAUCAUCAUGACGGAGCCGCAUCGGCAGAGGUGGUUCGACAUCGUAGGUGGUGAUGAAGAAAAAGACUUUGACAUCCAGAGGAACACGGGAACCAUCUCCAUCGCCCGCCAGCUCGAUGCGGCUCGACGCUCCAACUACAACCUGACGGUGCGGGUCACCGACGGCCACCACAGCGCCACCACGCAGGCCUACGUCCGUGUGCUGGACAUGAAUGAGCAUCGCCCUGUCUUCCUGAAGCCGCUGUACGAGGUGCGGGUUCCUGAGGAUACGUCUCCGUGGAAGGACAUCCUGCAGAUCAGCGCUCAGGACGCCGACACCAACAGCAAGCUGGUGUACUCCAUCCACAGCAGCCUGCAUCCCAACAGCACCAAGUUCUUCCACCUCGACCCAAAGAGCGGAGUCCUGGUGAUGACGGAGGAGCUGGACUACGAGAUGAUCUCCGUUCAUACACUUAUCGUCAUGGUGCGUGACCAAGAGAUACCAGUGAAGAGGAACUUUGCAAAGGUGGUGGUUCACGUGGAGGACUGUAAUGACCACUCGCCGGCGUUCCUCAGCCCCCGCUAUGAGGCCAGCAUCUCUAACUUGGCCCCCACGGGCUCCGAGGUCAUCCGGGUCAAGGCCCUGGACAAGGACAUGGGAAGCAAUGCCGACAUCAGCUAUUCUCUGCACUCCGGUAACAUCGACAACAUCUUCUCCAUAGAUCCAGAGCUGGGCUCCAUCAGUGUUUCCAAACCUUUAGACCUUCAGCCUCAGGACCAGUUCCACCUCACAGUGAAGGCCACUGAUCAGGGCUUCCCGCAGCGCAGCGACCUCUGCUCCGUCCACCUCAAUAUCCGCAUCUCUGACCGAACCCCGCCCACCUUCCCUUCAGAUGAAUACCUAACAGAGAUCAGCGAAUUAGCUGCUCUUGGUAGCCCGGUGGUCACCGUGUCAGCCUCCAGCCCGGCCUCAGUGCACUAUGGGAUAGAAAGUGGCAAUUCAAAUGGGACAUUUUAUAUCAACCCCUACACUGGGUUGAUUUCUACCCAAAAGCACCUUGAUUUUGAAAUCUGUGAGUCAUACAAGGUAAAAGUUACAGCCUCCACCUCAGCUGGGGCCUUGUCCAGGACAGUUGUCCACAUCUAUGUGAUUGACGAGAACGACAACGCUCCCGUUUUUCAUCAGGGGGAGUACUUAGGGCAAAUAAGUGAGUCAGCUCAUGUAAACAGCAUGGUCAUGGGAGAAAGAAACACUCCUCUGGUUGUUCAAGCCUCGGAUGCAGAUCGAGAUUCAAAUUCUCUGCUGACGUAUUACAUCCUUGAACCAGAGGCCAUGAAAGUCUUCAGGAUAGACUCAAGUAUGGGUACCAUCUCUUUAAUUUCACCAGUUGACUUUGAAGCCAAGGCUGAGUAUCACUUCACGGUGCAGGUGAAGGACUCCGGGGAGCCAUCACUGUAUGCAGCUGAGCCUGCCAAGGUCACUGUUCGUGUCCUGGACCUGAAUGACUGCCCGCCACAAUUCAGCACCCCGGUGUAUGAACCAUCCAUCAUCUUCCCAGCUGUCAGAGAUACAGAGGUUGUGCGCGUCAUGGCCCAUGACGCCGACUCGGCAGUCUCGUACACCAUAUCUCAGGGAAACCUUCACAAUGCCUUUUCAAUUCACCCCAAUACUGGAAUAAUCACUGUGAACAACGUGUCUGAAUUCAGGCCGUUUUACCAGCUGCUUGUCAAAGCUUCUGACGGCCUCUACAAAGACUCAGCUACCAUCAAAGUAAACGUAACAAACCUAACUGCAAGCGAUCUUGCAUUUGAACAGAACGUGUAUUCAGCAAGUGUUACAGAAAACCUAAAGACAGUCAAAAUUUUAGCGGCACUCAAAGUCACAGGAUGUUUUUUUAAUGAACCUCUUUUAUAUUCUGUCAUAAAUCCAAUGGGGAAGUUUGCAAUUUCCCAGACAUCAGGCGUGCUUGAAACCACAGGUAUAUCCUUUGACCGAGAGGAUAAAGAUGUUUAUGAUGUCGUGGUAAAAGUAGAAGACAUGAGAACACCACCCAGAACAGCUACAGCCCAGGUCAAGGUUUUUAUAGAUGAUGUCAAUGACAACUCUCCGCAGUUUCUUAACUUGCCUUUUUCAAUGAUGAUUUCUGAAGACUCAGAACCAGGAGAUGUUCUGUAUCAAGCCACCGCCAUCGAUAGGGAUCUGGGAGAGAAUGGAUCCAUCAUGUACUCACUGGAGGAGGACUAUGACCUCUUCAGGAUAGAUCCUGAUGUAGGCGAUGUGUCCCUUCAAAGACCUCUUGAUUUUGAAGCGCUGAACAAAUAUGUGUUGACAGUCUUGGCUGUAGAUGAAGGCGAGCCCAGUCACAGCACCAUGGCUCAGCUCAGUAUUCAAGUAAGGAAUCGAACCAACCCAGUUUUCCAGACUCUUCUUUACCCACUGAAAGUUCCCGAGAAUGUGCCCCCAUUCACCACCAUCCUGCAUGUUCAGGCCAGGAACCCGGAAGGUUAUCGACUCGUCUACAACCUUGAAGAGGAAAACGCUUCAAAACACUUUCACAUUGAUUUCAAAACUGGUGUGCUGACCGUCACCAACCCCCUCGACUACGAGAGCGAAACCAUGCAUUUGUUGACAGUCCGAGCUACAGAUGCUGUGACUGGAGCUUUCUCAGAGGCCUCAAUUGAAAUAGAAGUGGAGGACGUGAAUGACAAUGCACCAGUUUUCUCAAAGCCAAUGUAUAGUGUGAACAUUGCUGAGGGGCUUCCAAUCAACACCUCUGUGAUACAGGUUUCUGCCUCUGAUAGAGACUCUGGUAAAAAUAAAGACUUGACCUUUCAGAUAGUUAAAUCAACUGAGGAUGAAACAGAUUUUUUUGAGAUAAACCCUCAGAGUGGGUUGAUUGUUACAAAACAGGUGCUGGAUUAUGAAAAGAAAAAGCACUUUAAUUUGAAAAUAAAAGCAGUGGACAAUGGGACUGUCCCGCUCAGUAGUGAGGCCUUAAUUUUUGUAAAUGUCACUGAUGUCAAUGACAACCCACCAGACUUCGAUAGCUCCCAGUAUCAAGCCAAAUUAGAUGAAAUGGCAAAGUGUGGCCACAUAGUCAUUAAAAUCCAAGCUUCAGACCCCGACACUGGUGACCUAAACAACCUCAAAUACAAAAUCCUCUCAGGGAAUGAAGGCCGGUACUUCAACAUCAAUGAAUCUUCAGGGAUCAUCUCCUUUUCUAAUGUCUGCAAGAAGAAUCUGGAUCCUCACUACAACCUGACUGUGGCGGUGUCUGAUGGAGUGUUUCAGAAAACAGCACCAGUCAAUAUUGACAUGAUCAACAGUAACAGGCAUAGUCCAUAUUUCAAGCAGAACAUCUAUGAAGCAGAGCUGGCUGAAAAUGCUGAGCCAGGGACGCGUGUGAUCCGAUUAGCAGCGAUUGACCCUGAUGAUGGGCCAUAUGGCAGCGUUGACUACACCAUCAUCAACAAACUUGCCGAUGAGAAAUUUGCCAUCCGCAAAGAUGGGCAGAUUGUCACUACUCAACCACUGGACAGAGAAAACCCCACCCAGAGAGUCAUCGCCAUCAAAGUAAUGGCUAAAGAUGGUGGCGGAAGGGUGGCCUUUUGCACUGUCAAAAUCAUUCUCACAGAUGAGAACGACAAUGUGCCUCAGUUUAAAGCAUCAGAGUACCAGGUUUCGAUCCAGUCAACUGUAAAUAAAGGCGCCCCAGUCAUUCAAAUCAUGGCUUAUGAUGCAGAUGAUGGCAAAAAUGCAGAUGUCACCUACACAGUGGACGAAGCUGAAGAGGUCACAGAAGACAUAAUCGAGAUCAACCCUUUCACUGGAGUCGUGAGUGUCAAAGAGAGUCUUGUUGGCAUGGAGAACAAGAUCUUCAAUUUCAAAGUCAAGGCUCGUGAUGGAAGCCUCCCUUUUUACAACUCCACAGUCCCUGUUCAGGUGAAAGUGGUUCCUCCUGAGGUUCCCCUUCCAAAGUUCUCUGAGCCUCUCUACACUUUCUCAGCUGCAGAGGACAUUUCCAUUGGGACAGAGAUUGGCUCUGUGAGGGCCGACUCUGACAUGCCCGUCAUUUACAGCCUGGUGAAUGGGAACACAGUUGAAAGCAACAAAGACAGAGUGUUCAGCUUGGACAAAGAAAGUGGAACCUUGCUGUUGCAGAAGACCAUUGACCACGAAAAGACAAAGUGGUACCAGAUAGAUGUGAUCGCCCAGGGGAACCACAAUGGGACCGAUGUGGCCUCUCUGGUGUCUGUCAGCAUCCAGGUUCAGGAUGUGAACGACAACCAGCCGGUGUUCGAUGCAAGUCCAUACAGAGCGUUCUUAGCAGAAAACAUGCCUGCUGGAACCACUGUUAUCCAGGUCACUGCCAAUGACCCGGACACAGACACCAACGGUCUUGUGACCUACAGCUUAGAGUCGUUACCUGAUGACCCCACGCUCGACAUCGCCGAGGUGUUUUCCAUUGAUGGAGAGAGUGGCUGGAUCACCACGCUGCGGGAGACGGACUGUGAGGCGACGAGGCUCUACAGGUUCAACGUGGUCGCCACUGACCACGGCGGCGACGUCAAGCUGUCGUCCAGCGUCCUGGUGGAGGUGGUGGUGACGGACGAGAACGACAACCCGCCAAAGUUCUCCGACGACGUGUACCGCGGCUCGGUGUUUGAGAACAGCACACCCUUUGCACCCAUCGUCUCCAUGACGACCACAGAUGCUGAUGUGGCACUGGAGAACCGCCUUGUGACGUGCUACAUCACAGAUGGAGACCCGUUGGGCCAGUUUGCCAUCGUGCAGGAGGACGAGGGCCAGUGGGGUUUGAUCGUGAAGGAAAGUCUGGACAGGGAGACCAAAGAAAGAUACACGCUGAAAGUCAUGGCCACCGACGGAAAGUUUGAGGCUCCAAUUACUGUGGACAUCCACGUGUUGGACAUCAAUGACAACACUCCGCUGUGUGAACAACUGGUGUACACAGAGGUAGUGAUGGAAAACUCGCCUCCCAGCAUGUUCGUGCUGAAGGUUUCGGCUUCAGAUCCAGACGUGGGAGCUAAUGGCCAGAUCUCCUACACGCUGCACGGUCAAGACGCAGACAAGUUUCAUCUGGAACACAGGACAGGGGAGCUUUUCACUUUGGCCGUGUUGGACCGCGAGAAGGAGGUCGGGUUCAACCUGGUGGCGAAGGCGACGGACGGCGGCGGCCGGUCGUGUCAGGCCGACAUCCUGCUGAUGAUCCAGGACAUGAACGACAACCCGCCCCACUUCUCCUCCAGCCACUACGAGGUCACCGUGUUUGACAACACUACGGUCCGCACGCCGGUCGCUGUCAUAUACGCCAAAGACCCAGACACAGGUAUAAAUUCAGAGGUGAAGUACUCCCUCCUGUCUGGUGACGGUGGCUAUUUCUCUCUGGAUGAGUUUUCGGGGAUUCUGCGGUUGGAGCAACCUCUGAGCCCCGACACCCCGCCGACCUUCGAGCUGAAGGUGAAGGCCACCGACCGCGGCCUUCCUCGCCACCUCUACUCCGUCGCCACCGUGACGGUGGACGUGGUGUCCCUGGACGACUACCAGCCCGUCUUCCUGAAGUCGGAGUACACCAGGCAGCUCCCCGAAUCUUUGGCAGUCGGCUCGGAGGUGCUGAGCGUCUCUGCGCUCACCAGAGACGGCGGCGGGCCGGAUCCCAUCGUGUACCGCAUCAUCUCUGGAAACGAAGAUGGACGGUUUCUGCUGGACUCCCGAUCAGGCCUUCUGACCCUCGUCGCCCCGCUGGAUUUCGAGGUAUCACGGGAGCACUACCUGUCCGUGGAGGGGAGUCGCGGCAAGUCGUCGCUCACUGACGUCACCACGGUUAUCCUCAACGUGACGGACGUGAACGACAACACGCCGGCGUUCGAACGGGCCGACUACAGCGCAGAGGUAUCGGAGGAUCUGACGCCUGGAAGCCUGGUGAUGAAGGUAACAGCCACUGAUCAGGACGGUCCAAUCAAUAAUCUGCUGCGGUACUCUAUCGUGAGUGGAGACCUUCUGCAGCAGUUCUCCAUUCAUCCCAGAAGCGGUGAAAUUACUGUCCGCACUGCGCUGGACAGAGAAGAGACCCCUCAUUACUCUCUGACGGUGCAGGCAGCUGAUGAAGGCAGGCCCCCUCUUUCAUCUGCAGUCCAUAUCACCAUCACCGUCACUGAUGUCAACGACAACCCGCCCGUCUUCUCGCAGGUUAACCACAGUCUGCUGCUGCAGGAGGGCGAGUCGGUCGGCAGCACCGUCCUCCAGCUCGUGGUGACGGACAAAGACACGCCCAAGAACGGCCCGCCUUUCUCUUUCCACGUCGUCAGCGGCAACGAGGACCACCGUUUCCACGUCGACCAGGGCGGCCUGCUGUCGCUCUCUGCUCCGCUCAGGAAAAAAGUUAAACCCCAACAUCAGCUGAAGAUACAGGUGACGGACAGCGGCCACCCUCCCCUCUCCUCCAUCUGUGUGGUCAACAUCAACGUCACUGAGCAGAGCAAGUAUCCUCCCUCUGUAGUGCCCUUGGAGGUCUUCAUUACAACUUCUGGAGGACUGUUUGCAAACCGGGUCAUCGGGAGGCUCCACGCCUCAGACCAGGACCUGCAGGAUGUCCUGAACUACAAGCUGGUGUCAGAAAACCCCAAUGGGAAAAGGUUCUCCAUAGACCUGACUGAUGGUAAAAUCUGGGCGGAUGAAAACCUGGAGGAGGGCUCAUAUGCCCUCAACGUCAGCGUGAGCGACGGGAAGUUCAGCGUGUGGACGGGGGUCAAAGUUCACGUGUGGGCGGCCAACCAGAGGGCGCUGGACUCCGGCCUCACGCUGCAGCUGGUCGGGAUGUCACCAGAGGAGUUUCUGGGCGAUCACUGGAGAGGCCUCCAGCGCAGCCUCUCACAAGCUCUGGGUCUCCCCAGACAAGAGCUUCACCUGGCCAGCCUGCAGCAGCGGCCCGGUGCCCAGGUCCUGGAUGUCCUGCUGAUCUGGAAGCCUCAGAGUGGACUCAUCCAGUCCCUGCCAACAAACAAACUUGCAGGGAUCAUAGCAGACAUGGAGGACUCGCUGGGCCUCAGCAUCCUCAGGGUGAGUCAUAACGGCUGUCUGGGUACCGGAUGUCCUCCGCGAGGCUGCAGGAACGCUGUUCGGCUGUCAGGGGAGAGACUGAGCCAUUUCACCACAGCGAGAGCCGGUUACAUCACCCCACUGCACACCUGGGAGAGCGUGUGUCCCUGUAACGAGUCGGCGCUGAGGUUUGACGGGAAGUCCUACCUGAAGUAUCUUCACGGGAUGGACGAAGACAGCCAGGACUUCAGGCUGUCCCUGAGGUUCAAGACUUACCAGGAGCAGGGCCUCAUCAUGUCCACCAACAGCACCAAGGACUGGGGAACUCUACAGCUGACCAAUGGAGAGCUGCUGUUUAGAUACAGCUGUGGAAACACAUCCCCUGGCUCUUUGCUGAUUAGAUCUGAUCCAGUGUCAAACGGCCGCUGGCACAGCAUCCUGCUAGAGGUCAAAUCCACCUCCCUGAGGCUGAUCCUGGACCAGCAGCACUCAGCCUUCAUCGCCCUGACCGAGCCGUGCCGGAUGAUGCGCUCCCAUGGAGCUUUGCUCUUCUCCUCUCUUGCCCAGGACUCUACAUCAGAGGCCCAUCAGAAUCUACAAAACUUCACUGGCUGCCUCGAGGGCCUGGAGCUCAAUGGGGAUCCCAUCAGAGCAGGUGACCCGGCGGACUGGAUGGGGUCAGGGAGCAGGAGGGUGUUUGGGGUGUACCAGUGCUGCAGCAGGGCAGGAGCCUGCGACAGCGACCCCUGCCAGAACGGAGGGCUGUGCGAGGAGGACGCUAUGGGAGAGCCGCGCUGCAGGUGCGCGGGAGUCUUCCACGGCCUCCGAUGCGAGCUGGCCGACAACCCGUGCGCCUCCCAGUCGUGUCCCCACGGUAGGGUGUGUGUACCCAAGCCUCAAGGUUACAUGUGCAACUGCUCGCUGGACAACGCUGAAGCAAGGUGCCACAAUGAGUUUGAAGUCUGCUCGCCCAACCUGUGUCCUGGAGGGUUUGACUGUAAAGUCACUGAUGGCUCCAUCCACUGCGACCUGCAGCAUCUGGUGUCUCCUGAGGUGAUCGGCUACGUGGAGAUCAUAGAGAUCGGUGCCAGCGUGCUUGGAUUGCUCUUCUUGGUCGGCAUGUUCGUUUGCAUCAGGAAACGAUACGUUCAGCAGAAGAAGAAAAAGCCCGUCUGUGUCCAGGACUCCAACGGAUAUUUCCAGCCCAGUCUGGCCAAGAGCCUCAAGGCUAACUCUGAAGAAGUCAACCCGAUUGAGAUGAGCUCGUUGGUUGGCCGACCCAAUGACCUCGACCACACACCGUUCAGGUCGCUGCGGCCGCGCAGCCAGAUCAGUUCAUCGGGAGGCGUCUCUCCAAAGUCACACGGGCCGGUCGUGUGCAGCGUGGCCCCCAACCUCCCUGCCAGGCCGCCGUCGACCUCCGACAAUGACUCCAUCAGGAAGAACCACUGGGACAUGGACUAUGAAGUCUACCCAGCUGACCCUGACUAUUACGGCCGCCCAACAGUCCAGGAGUUCCCCCAGUUUGACAUCGUGGAGGACACCUAUUCCACCUCUACGAUGGACUCUCGGAGGAACUCUCGUUUCGGUGGCUUCCCGUUUCCACUGGACCGAUGUGACCGCCGCGCGCCCCUGCCACCGUGCUACAGCAACCAAAACCUGGACGACUUCCUGGGUCCAGACGGGCUUCCUAUUCCCAGCUCUCAGUGCCCCAACGAGUACACUGCUAUCAGCUACUACCCCACGCAGCACACCCGCAGCCUCGACAACGUCUCGGGAGGCUACAAGAGACUCAGCAUGCGCCUGAGUGUCGCCAUGCCAUCGUAUGCAGAGAAUCCCAGCCAGUCACCUGGGCCCAACCCUGCCCAGCCUCAAACACGACCUGCAGGGCAGAACCCGCGGAGCUACGAUGGCUCUAGCAUGGUGGAGAGCGAUUACGGAAGCUGUGAGGAGGUGAUGUUUUAAGAACAAGUUUCCCAAGUGUGGCAAUUUGCAUCAUUUCUGGAGGUUAUUCAUUUUUAGCACAUGCCACUUACCAACUAUUCCUCCAUUCUAAGGCAGCUUUGUGUACGAGUACACUUCUCAGAUGGGUCUCUGUGACGCUACUGAACACCCGCUCAGCAGUCUGUGGCUGUGAGAUCAGACCUUUUUGAUGGAGAUGAAAGAAACAUGUGAAACGACAGCUCAGACGUCUUUGAUUUGCUUGACUUUUUAAAGGAGCCUAGUCUUGCUCUGCCAGACUCGAUGAGGGGUAAUUCUCAGUUACCUCCACGGAAGAAGCUUAGCAGAAGUGUAUCUUUUUUGUUGUCUAAGAGACGCCACCAAGAGCACUCGUCGCAUUGUGAAAACAUGAACAGUAUUACUGACUUGGCUGAGCACUGAUUCAAAGUCAAAAUGUGGCAAAACGAGACGUUUAUAAGCUUCAACAUAAAAAGCAUUUGCCUCUCAGAAGAAGAGGCUGCGUUCCAAACAUGUUUGAACUGUGUAGAAAUCCUGCAUUUCACCGUGCUGAAAUCUAAAAAUCAAAAUCAGCUGUGCCAAACAUCGAUCAUUGCAUGUAUACGGCUCACCUUGUGAUGCACAUGAGGCGGCAGGCACGAGGAAAACACUGCUGUCCUGACGGUGUGACAUUCAGACAACAAUGAGAAAUGUCCCGAAAAAAGAGGUUUAAUAAGGACUUGUUGCACUGAUGAAUCACCAAUCAGGUUUUAUCACGCACACACUCUAGUGUGUGUUUGUGCUCGUCAAAUUUAUUUGGUCAUAAGCGACUUCCAAGAAUACCAAUAAAACACACACUGGGGUAUUGUGCGUCAAAUCCACUGUUUCAAAUUUAAACAUAUUAACAGUGACAUUAAGCACAUUUCACGCAGGAUAAACAUUUCAAAUGAACUCUUUAAUCUGCUUCCUGUUGCUGUUGUUUGUUGUUAGUGUCUGUUACUAUGACGAGGGCCGGAUCCUCAUAAAAAACAACAAAAACAAACAAAUAAAAAGACAAAAAAAAUAUGAACGCCGUAAACACAAGUGAUAAGGUGAUGUUAUCUGUGAAGUCUGUGUAUUUUAACUAAGUGUUAUUAAUGCUGUAAAAGUUCUGUAGAUUUAUACAGUCUGUAAGUAUCUCUUCAUGGGGUUUUAAUGAGUGUGAGCUAGAUUACAGUAUUUUUUCUUUGGAGGUUUGUGUGUUUGUGAUCACGUUCUGCUCUGCGGUGUUGCUGCCCUCAAUGAAAAAGGAUCUUCUGAAUGUGGUGAAUGUUCUGCAGCAGUCAUAAACUGUCUAUGCAGCCAUUUUAAAUGGUGUGAAUAUGGAACGCUCAGAUAAAAGAAGCGCUUGUUUUGGUCAAAGGCUUGUUGCGGAUUAAAAAGUGAAUGUGUAAUGUGUUAAUAGUAGAGUUCAUGUUUAGCCUGACCAGCGAUGUGUAAAUUCAACUGUUAAGAGCCACAACGUCCACAAGUAAGCAAAACCAUAAUAGUAAUGCUGCACUACAUUUGUCAUGACUUUGUGCUCUAUUAUAUUUUUAUUAUUAUUUAACUGCUGAUUUGAGAAAAAGAUGUCCAUCACAUUUUCCCUAAACCAAAGGCAACGUCUUCAAAAAGCUAUUCAGUUUAUAAUAACUUAAGAAAAAUGUAUGAAUUCAAUUCCUCAACGUCUUCUCACUCAACAAACCACACUGUGGUAGCUGUGGAUUGUACGUUCAAUAACUGUGCAGUGUGUACUUUAUUUUGAUAGAUACUGUAUGUUGGCGUAGCUACAAGAAGCCACAUGCAUUAUGUAAAAGUUAACACAGCCCAUUUUUCAGUUUGGCGGCUUCGCAGCCAGAAUCCACGACACCACAAUUACUGCACCAUCCUGAAGUAAUAUGUGCAACAGAAUUCAGCUACUGUUCGCGCAUUACUCCCGUUUGUCUGAUAACUUCCAUCGUUACGGCAACCAAUGUUAGCAGGUGAUUAUACCGUCCAAACAGCACACAUCCCACCACCGGGUCAUUUGUGAAUACCAGCGCAGACGGGCAAGCGCCAAAGAUCAGAUCUAAAAGACGCAUCUGGUUUUUGCUGCUGUUUGGACAGUUUGUGAUUUCACAAAUGACGGAGCACGGGCUGAACGUGUGCACCGUGUUUGCUGUGCUGCUUUGACGUACGCGUGCCGGGGCUGCAGAUGUAACAUCAAAGCCUGCAGCAACUGAAUUUGUACGCAGGUGGGGGGCAGAUGAACAAGACACGAGGGCACUGCUUGUACUAAAGCAGCUGAGGAAGUUGAAGGUGUUAACGUACAUCAGAGCUGAAUAAGGUGUCGAAGUCAAUAAAAAAAAUAUUCUUUGUAACUUUCUCAUUUGUCCCGACUGCUGAGUGGCUCCCGUCUGGCAUCAUAAAAGGUUAAGUCAAACAUUAAUACAUCCUAAGUCACCGCUGUAUUUUAAAGCAGCUUCGGCUCUGUUUCUGAAAAAAAGAAUUAGGGUUGGGAAGCAGACACUUGCGUGGCAACCGCAGUGUGCUCAAAGAUUUUCAGAUAAUAUCUCCUCCUUCUGUUUAUCUGAUUCACGCAGGACAAAUCUUUCUCAUCCGGGGAUCUGACUUGCGUCAAAGCAUCAGGCUGUGGGUUGUGAAUAAUAACUAUCACUGGUGGUUUGACUGUGACUGCUGUUUUACUUCAAACUGUUUUUUGAGUUCUUUGUACAAAAGAGUUGUUCUAAUCUCCAGGUAUUGUGCUGUACAGUCGGUGUCUGUGUGUUGCUGUUGUUGUGCAGAAUAUGAAUCAUUUGAAUGUGUGUCACAUGAGUUCUGUUUUCAUUCAUAAAGUUUAUUUUUGUAUCAAUGUGGGCCUCCCCAUGUUUUGCUCUGUUGUUUCUCUGUGAGAGAUUUUUAUUACGAUGCCGUCUUUCCAUUUGUUUUCCAAUAUUGUAAAGAGAAUAUGAAUAAAGAUAUUAUCUUCUAUAAACAGUGA